AUCUGCGCUCCCAGCCGCGGGAUGAAGUCCAAAUGAUGUCGAUAAAGAUGUCGCAAAAGAAGAUAUUUCUGGUCCUCCUUGUCAUCUGUACCGUCAGUUUUCUACUGCACAAUGGAGGCCACUUCAACUGGAGCAUGGAGGCCUUCCAUCUUCGAUGCUCUACCCUUCGCUCUCAGAUUACCCCAGGUCUGAAGCCUAAGCACACCAACAUUGUCUUCCUCAAGACCCACAAAACGGCCAGCACCACAAUGCAAAACAUGUUAUUUCGAUUUGCGGAGCGCAACAACUUGACAAUGGCAUUGCCUAAACCAAAUUGUGGUCACCAGUUUUGUUACCCACAAUUAUUUUCCUCUCACUUUGUUCAUCCGCAUACGCUACCACCAAACAUGAUCACGAGCCACAUGCGCUUCAAUAAGACUGCACUGCAACGCCUGAUGCCAAAUGAUACAAUAUACAUCACAAUCUUGAGAGAGCCAGCUUCCAUGUUUGAAUCUUUGUUCACUUACUACAGCCGCCACAGUGGGAGCUUCAGGAGGGUCCCAAAUGGCUCUCUGGAGGCCUUCUUAGCAGACCCUUUACGGUACUACCGGCCAGAAGAGGCAGAUUCUAUGUAUGCACGCAACACCUUGACCUUUGACUUGGGUGGAAACAAAGAUCGGACAGCAACAGAUGUGACUUAUGCUCAGGCCUUUGUGGCAGAAGUGGAGAAAGUUUUCUCCUUGGUGAUGAUUUCUGAGUAUUUCGAUGAAUCUCUAGUUCUUCUUAGUCAUCUCCUUUCUUGGGAUUUGGAUGAUAUUGUAUAUGUCAAGCUCAACAUGCGAACAGAAAGUUCCAAAAAAAGUCUGUCACCAAGUCUCCCUGCAAAGAUUCGUACCUGGAAUUCAAUAGAUGCAUACCUUUAUGACUACUUUAAUGCCUCAUUAUGGGUCAAACUAUCAGCUCUAGGUCUAGACUGUGUGGCGAAGGAGGUGUAUCUUCUUCGACUGGCCCAAGAGAGGCUAACUAAAAGCUGUUUUGGUGGGCAGAUGCCAGUUCCUCGUUCAGCUUCUGAGAUAAGAAACAAGGAUCUUCGUCCUUGGCAGCCUAGUGAGAAAGUUGGCAUAAUUGGUUACGAUCUGCCAUUAAAUAUCAGCCAUGAGGCAAAGGAGCUCUGCCUCAAGUACAUUAUGCCAGAGAUCACAUACACACAAAAGCUUCUUCACUCCCAGUUACUGCGACACCGUCAAAGUUUUCAGAAUCGAACUCCACAGAAGUCAAAUAUACCCCAACAAUCUAUACGCACCACCCCGCCUCGUCAUUCUCAGGUUCAUCGCACCCAACCACCACCUUCUAAUGCUCAAGGUUCUGCUUCAACAACAAAGUCUAAAUUUACCCUAAACCAAGGUACAGGAACAUCAAAGUCAGGGCCUAAAUCUUCAAACACCAGUGUCUUGUAGAUUUUAAUAUAAUAGCAGUGCCCAAAAGACUGCAUGGUCUACCCUUAAGACAAAGAUGAUUGGUUGGUA